AUGGCCUCCAUCCGAGACGACCCAACGCUGGAAGAACCCUUCUGGAAUGAUGAGAUGAAAGAGCAGUGCGACCAGGCCAAGUCUUUCUGGAAACUGUGGAUCGGGAGACAGUGCGGAAAGUGCUUAAGAUUUCACGUGACGGAGGAAGAAAUCGAGAUUCUGAAGGAACACAAAGAGAACUUUGACGACUCAAGGACGCUUUUCCUCGGAGUCCACAAACUCCUUGCCGUCGACAUCGCAAACCGCACCGAGUACUACGAGACCUGCAGAAUACGCUCUAAAUGGGGCGAGAUGCACGAAUCAGCCUUGUUCACCAUGGACGUCAAGAAGAAAUACCGGCACGCCACAGAGAAAAGGAGGAAGGCGCUUUGGGAAUACCAGUGCAAGACCGAGCAGCUGGGCGUGGAGAUGGACGAUAUUGCUGACAUAAAGUGCAUGAUUGACGCACUGGCAGUGGACGUGGCGAGAGGCGUUGCGCCCGCCGAGGGAGAAUGUGCGAAGGAUGAUAUGCCCGAGAAGAGAGGAGUAGUACAGAACUGA